GCUUUUUAGUGUGGAAUUUUGUGUCAGGUGUAGUGGGUAAGGGAAAGCUAGAGGUUUCUGAGCAUUUCAACUUCUAGGGUUUUUCACUCUGCUUUUCUUCAUUUUCCAACAAUCUGCGUUGUGCCAUAGCAUGUGCGAUUAUUUAUCUUCUGAAAUUGCACUCUUUUGGGUGUAGUAGUAGGGUUAGAGAGUAAUUCAACGCUGAAAUUUUCAAUGGAGUAUUUUCCUUCUCAACAUGGCUUGCAAUUCGAAUCUGAACCUGGCGCCUACAAUGGUGAUGCGAAUGACGAGCUCGCAAAACCCUCCCCCAAUCCUCGUGAUUCGUCUUCAGGGAAACUUUUCGUUGGGGGCAUUUCGUGGGAAACUUCUCAAGAAUCAUUUUUUAAUUACUUCAGCAAAUAUGGAGAAGUAACAGAUUCGGUAAUAAUGACAAAUAAACUUUCUGGAAGGCCACGCGGCUUUGGCUUUGUAACAUUUGCCGAUUCAGCUGUAGCAGAUGAUGUUUUGGCCCAGGAACAUACCAUUGAUGGCAGAGUGGUUGAAGUGAAGAGGACAGUCCCUAGGGAGGACAUGGAAGGAAUUGGAGUACUAAAAACAAAGAAGAUAUUUGUAGGGGGAAUACCCCAACUUUUCACUGACGAUGAGUUGAGGGGAUACUUUUCACCUUAUGGCGAUGUUGUUGAGUGCCAAAUCAUGUUAGAUCACAAUACUGGGCGAUCUAGAGGCUUUGGAUUUGUAACUUUUGACAACGAAGAUUCAGUCGAAAAGGUGUUUUCAGCGGGAAAAAUACAUGAAAUUGGAGGCAAGCAGGUUGAAAUUAAGAGAGCUGAGCCCAAAAGAUCUGGAGUUGAUCACAUCAGUAGUACCUCACGAAAGUCAUAUGGUGGUUUUAGCAAUGGAAUGGAUGGAUAUGGUGGGAAUAGCUCAAGAAAUCGUAAUCAUGGAAAAAGAGGUGGACAGUAUACAGAUUCUGGAAUGAACGGUGCAUAUGGCUACUUUGAGGGAAGCUUUGGCGGAAGUGCUGCUACUGUUUAUGGUGGUUAUUGUGGAUAUGGUUAUGGUUUUGGAUAUGGUGGACCGAUGUAUUGCUAUGGCGGCUAUGGACUGAAUUCUUAUGGUAAUCCUGGGGUUUAUGGUGGCGGCACUAUCUCCCAUGGAGAUGGUAAUGCAUAUGGAAGAAACGUUAGUUUCAACCGCAGCAGUGGAUAUGAUGGUGGGAAAGGGGCUGAGAAGGACGAUGGUCCUACAACUGGAAGGUACCAUCCUUACUGGAAAUGAAUUUUGGUAUCCAGAGUCUGCAGACCGUACAAUGCUCCAAAAGGUAUGGCUGCGACAGCAGUAGCACCCUCCAGGUUUGAUGCAGAUAUAAUUCAUUCAGAUGAGAAGUUGGGAAACAAAAGGUAUAUAUGUUAUUGUAUCUAAUGGAUUUUGCAAAACUUUCUUGGAGUUUCUUUGAUAAGGACUAGGCUGAUUUCUAGAAGCGUCAUAUAUGAAAGGUCCCUAGAUGCUGGUAAAAAUUAACUACCAGAAGCCAAAAUCACACACAAACACUUAGAUUUCUCGCUACAAAUAUGUUAAGAAUCAGGUUUAUUCAAAAUCAUCUCGGUGGAAAUGGGUAUACUAGCUGAACAUCGUUGGUUCUAACUAGGUUUAAGGGAAUUUGUUUGAUAUGACAUAAUUUAGGAGUAAACUUAUAUUUUUGUAAAUGUUUGAAAUACUUUUUGAACUUUUUC